UUUUUCUUUUUCUGAUAAAUCAUGAUUCUUAAUAAGAAAUUGAUACCCACCAUUUGUGCGAGAAUAUUUUCCUUCUCUUCUAUUUCUCCUAAACAAGUUCAUUAUUUUUUGAGGCCUCUUUUAAUCUGAGGCUCUCCUCUCCUUCCCUCCAAAAUUCCCAAAAAAAAAAACACAAAAAACUAACAAAAAAACCCAAAACGAAAGAACAAAAUUCAUCAUGAUCAAAACAAGACAUUGGAUGAAUAAAAAAUCAGAAAAUUUUCAAAAGUUUGAGAAAAAAAUAAAAAUUGUUGAAGUCAUUACAUUGUUUUCACUAUCAUUACCAUCAUCAUCAAGUUCAUUUUCUUCCUACAAUAUUGUAGUUGUUUUUGGCUAAAAGUUUAAAUAAAUGGCGAUUUACAUUUACCAAAUGUUGAAGCCACUUUUAUUACCAACAUUUCUUUUCAUCAUCUUAUUCUCUUCAACAUCACAUUCAAUAUCAGAUGUAGAAGCCUUAUUAAAGUUCAAAAACUCAUUAUCGAAUCCCGGAACUCUCAACUCUUGGGAUCCAAACACUCCCCCUUGUAUAGACAAAUACGCUCCAUGGCAGGGCGUUGUUUGUUUCGAUGGUGUCGUUGUCGGCCUGCAUCUUAAAUCCAUGGGAUUAUCAGGUAAUAUGGAUGUUGACGCAUUGGCUAACAUACCAGGAUUACGUACAAUUAGCUUGGAAGACAAUAAUUUUACAGGUCCUUUACCUGAACUUAAUCGUUUAGGUGCUUUAAAAGCUGUUUACUUGAGUAACAACCAAUUUAACGGUCAAAUUUCAACGGAUUUCUUCUUAAAGAUGGAGUCCUUGAAGAAACUCUGGCUUGCUAAUAAUACAUUUUCCGGGAAUAUUCCGUCGUCGUUAACGCAACUUCGUAACCUCAUAGAGUUACACCUGGAAAACAACCGGUUUUCGGGUGUGAUUCCUCCUCUUAAGCAACCUCCAUUGGUGUCUUUAAACAUGUCAAAUAAUCAACUACAGGGAGAAAUUCCUAUGAGUCUUUUGAACUUCGAGUCCUCUUGCUUUGUAGGAAACCCUAAACUCUGUGGUGAAAUCAUUGGAGUCGAUUGUAUUACCGAGAUCGGAAAUAACGAACCGCCACAGCAAACUAACACGGAAACAUCCGAGGAGGGGUUGAGUAGUUUUGAUAAACCGCCGACUAAAGGCCUAAUGUCAGGAAGGAUAGCUUGGGGUAUAAGUAUAGUUUUGGUCCUUUUAGCGUUACUGGUGAUUGCGGUUUUUUUGACAAAGAGGGAAACAUAUGAAGAAUAUAUUCCUACAAGGGCUAUAACACCGUCAAAAAACAACGAUGAAGCUAGUGCUAGCGCCAUUACCACCGCCUCAACCGCCACUGUCGGUAACACGAGAAGCAGAGACAACAAUGGAAAUGAAGGCGCGGUAGAGGUAGACGUGGAACCCAUUUUACAGAAGAGUACAAGUGGAUCUUCAACGAUUUCUUCUACUUCGAGUAAGAGGAGUAACUCGGACCGAUCAUCGAGAAGAGGGACGGGAAAAGGCGGUAGCAGUACUCGUGGAGAACCAACUGUGGGUGGUUUAGGUCAAGGGGAUCUAACAAUGGUGAAUGAUGAGAGGGGCGUGAUAGGUUUGGCAGAUUUGAUGAAAGCGUCGGCGGAAGUGCUCGGAAAUGGCGGUAUAGGAUCGGCUUAUAAGGCGAUUAUGGCUAAUGGGUUUGGGGUUGUAGUUAAGAGGAUGCGUGAGUUAAAUAAUUUGGAAAAUGAUGCAUUUGAUUUGGAGAUUAGGAAGCUUGCUAGUUUGAGACAUGGGAAUAUAUUGCCUCCAUUGGCUUAUCAUUAUAGGAAAGAUGAGAAAUUAGUGGUUUAUGAAUAUGUUCCUAAAGGAAGCUUGCAUUACCUUCUACAUGGUGAUCGAGGGAAGUCUCACGAGGAACUUAGUUGGGCAAUACGUCUAAAAAUAAUCAAAGGAACGGUAGAAGGACUUUGUUAUCUUCACUCUCAACUACACACCUAUGAUCUCCCUCAUGGAAAUCUUAAAUCUAGCAACAUUUUGAUAAACGCACAAAACGAGCCAUUAAUUUCGGAUUAUGGAUUUAAUCCAAUGACUAAUCCUAGUGUCGCGACACAAGCAUUAUUUGGUUAUCGGUCACCAGAAGCCAUACAACACCAAAUAAUAUCUCCAAAAUGUGACGUUUAUUGUCUAGGAGUAGUCAUACUCGAGAUACUUACGUGCAAGUUCCCUACUCAAUACCUUAACACGACAAAGGGUGGAACCGAUGUUGUGCAAUGGGUGGCAUCGGCUAUAGAAGAAGGAAGGGAAGUUGAAUUGCUUGAUCCGGAUAUUGUGUCACAUUCUACGACUUGUAAAGAGAGUAUGUUGAAGGUGCUUUACAUUGGGGCUGCUUGUACUGAACCUAAUUGUGAUAAAAGGAUGGAUUUGAAUGAAGUUAAGGAGAGUAUAGAAAGAAUAAACAAUCAAGAUUGUGGUGAACUAGAUGAUAUUGUACUCUUGUAAAGUUGUUGAUGUUCUUUUUUUUUUUUAGAAAUUGUGUUUUGUUCUUGUUAAGUUCAUGAGAUUUUACGGGAUCUUUACUUUUUUUUUUUUUUUUUAUUUUUUUUUU